CGCAGCGCUUGAAAUGCAGCGCGCUCCGUCGUGUCAGGCCAUUGCGUCACGAUGACGUAUACGGAAAUAUCAACAAUAACAACUGAGGAAACAGAAACCAAGCCUAAACAAUGAUGAGUGUAUUUGGGUUUUGUUUCUUAUGUUAAAUGAAGGUAACUGCAUAUACAAUUAUGCACCAGGAUUUUGGUCCAGCUGUCUAAAACCGUCACAGAUGCAUUGCUCCGUAAAUGACAAGUGUGUUCAGCAUGUCCAGCAAAUGUGUUCCAAAAACAACGAUGAGGAAUCCUGUGAGGAGGAGAUGGACACAUCCGAGCCUAACUGGCAUUGGUUUUACCUGGCAGAAUGUGGAGUCUGGCACAUGUUUGAGAUUGAUCCCAGUGCAGGAUGCUCGGUGACCAGCGAACAGAUUGAAGCAAACUACAACAGGAAUCAACAUGGUUCCAUGGAUUUCUAUACACCUAAAUAUAGCUACAGAUUGGACUUUUCAGUUAUGAAGCAAAUCAACGUCACAACUGGAAAACAGAGACCAAUAAAACGGGCUCUGCAUUCUGCCACUGGAUUUAGAUUUAUCUGUGAUAACCUAGCUCUACCAGUCCCUUGUCACUGGGAAAGAGUUAACACAGAUGAGCCAUAUCAGCUCAUCCCUCUGUGCCGAGACACAUUUGAGUACAAAGAAGUGGCCAGGCUGUAUGAGAGGACCAUGUCUCAACCUAUAAAAUCUAUUCAGAGGAUACAGAACCUGGAUCUAUGGGAGUUUUUCUGCAGGAAAAAGGCCCAGCUGAGAAAGAUAAAGCGUACUGUGGACAUUGAUGAGAGGAUGCUUUUUCAUGGGACAGGCCACAGUAACAUCCAGGCCAUUUGUACAUACAACUUUGACUGGCGACUUACAGGAAGUCAUGGGGAUGUCUAUGGAAAAGGAAGCUAUUUUGCUCGUGAUUCCAAGUAUUCCAGCAAGUUCUGCCACUCCACCAGCAAACAUAACUUCACACUGCAGAGACACGGCCUCGCACCACCCAUAUUCCAGAGUGACCCACCAUAUAAGUGCAUGUUCCUGGCACGGGUGUUAGUAGGAGAAUACACAGUAGGUCACCCACAUUUCUGUCGCCCACCCUCCAAAGACCUGAGUAUCGCCAACUUCUUUGACAGCUGCGUGGACGAUAUGGUAAACCCGAAGAUCUUUGUAAUAUUUGACAGCAAUCAGAUCUAUCCUGAAUAUCUUAUCGAAUUUUACUGACAAAGGUGCAAAAGGAUGAUUUUUAAGUUUCAAUUAAUGAAGACACAGAAAUGGUUGCUUCAGAUAAAAAACAGCAAGACCUUGUAUGAAGAGCUGUUACUUCUCUGUGUGUCUGUGCCAAAGCGAAGCUUUGUACAUGUCUGUGAUAGAAAGGACUCACAAAAGACAGAAAAUGUGGGCCAGUGAAUAUUAAAAAAUUCUAGAUUCACUUACAGACAGGUAGCAUCAAGAUCAGUUUGCCCCUUUCUCAGCAUUAUUAUUAUUAUUAUUAUUAUUAUAUUUAUUCAAUUAUUAUAUUUUUUAUAUUGAAUUAUUAUAUUAUUUUUAUUUAUUUAUUUUUAGAUCGAUGGCUUUUCCUCAUAAUUUCCCCCCAGUUUGGCCUGGCCAAUUCCCUCUCACUAGAUUUCUCUUUUCUAUUACAUACCAGCUACCAGCCAAUGAGGGAGGGCAAACAUGUACUUCCUUCAAGCCAACAGUCCUCAUGUUUCACUACUGAUCAUACUGUGGGAAAGGGUUAUCUGCCCUCUUCUGUAUUAAUGACCUCAUUGGCUGAUGUCACUGUAUUAGACGGGGAAGAGUGGCCACACAGUGAGCAUGGCAUUCUUGACACCUGGCCAUGGAUGACUUUGGCAUCACUUGGAUUAGCACUUGUGAGCCUCAAUGAAAGGGCACAAACUUUUUUGUUCACCCACUUGGGAGCCAGGUUCACAUUUACAUUCACAAUUAUAACAGAUUUUUUUAAAUUAUACAUUUUAUUAUAGUUUGCCAUAUAAGUUUGUAUAAUUUUUUCUAUUUCAUCUACCUCACCAUAAUUCUACCUCAUGGCAUGCAAUUUUGCAAAUUUCUGUUGAGCAUUUCAGCAUUAGUCAUACUGCAACAUACAGUAGAAAAAAAGUAUUACACAUUAAAAUAGCAAAUAGUGAUUUUAUAAAUCACCUGUCUAAUAUACAUCAUAAAACAUAAAAUAGUUGACUUUUUCUUCUGGUGUUCUGCUGCUCAAAUUGUAUGUCUCCUUUGAAAAGCAAAGGAGAGAACUGUAAAACCGAAAAUGCUUUCAAUUGCAUUCUUUCUUCCACUUUCGAAAGAAAUUGAUGUCCAAGAUGCACUUUUCUAGCCCAAAUAUUUUGGCAUCCCUAAAACUGUUUACUGAUGUAAACUAUGUACAGUAUAUACACUAUAUGGCCAACAGUUUAACCCUGACCAUCACUUCCGUAUAUGACUCUUCCACAAAAAGCUGCUUCAAAAUUCCACAAACUAUUGCUACAAAAAAGAGGCAAACAAUUGCACACAAGUGUCUUUAUAUGCCGUAGCAUUAUUUUUUCUUCUUUGGAACUAAGAGACCCAAAUCUUUUAAUAAAAGUGCCACUUGCCUAACAUCAGUGGCACAGUUUCAUUAAUGCUGUGUCUGAAUCCGAAAAUGCCCAUAGCCAUCCUGCAAAAUCUAAUGCAAAAUCUAAUGCAAAGCCUUUCAAAUUGAGUGGAGGUUGUUACACGCCUGUACACAGGUUGUACAACAGUUACACGCACGCAUGUGAUGGUCAGAUGACCAGAAACUUUUGGUCAUAUAGUUUACUUUGACAUUAGUGAACUCAAGAAACAUUUUCAAUUGAGAAACUUGAUAAAAAAAUCAAAAUAAAUAAAUAACUUUGUCAUACAGUCAAUGCAUCUUUUCAAGUGUUGUGAUGAAAGCAUCAGCCAAAACAUUACAAAUGUUAAGUCGAGGUAAAGAGCAGUGUCAGGAGGUGAAAAGCAGUAAAUGUUAAAAAAGUCAAAAGACUAAUUGUGUGUAGUUCAGGAGUUGAAAAUCUUAUUAAUUGGCGAAUUAGUUGAGUCAUGUGUAGUGGAGCAGAGAAUCACCCUGAAAUGUAAUUUGUAUCAAACAGUUCAUUUGACCAGAAUUAAUUAUGGUUUCCUUCAGUAGCUUUUCUGCUUUGAUAACUCAGUGGUUAAGGUUUUGUACCAGUCACCUGUGUGUUAGUUUAUAUUCUCCUAGAAAUUCUCUGGUGCAACUCUAAGCAAGACCUUUAAGUCUUGUUUGUAUUGUUUUGUUUUAAUUGGCUUUGUCCUUACUUUAUAUUCAUUUUGCCUAAAGGAUUUACCAACAGAAUUAUUGUGUAACUGGAGAAGUUAUUGAAUAUGGUUACAUAAACAUAACACAAAACUGCAUGGUGUCUAUAAAUGUAAUAACUGUAUACACUGUAUAGUCUGCACAGUCAAAUACAGAAUUAUUGGCACCUUUCCUACAAAUGUGGAAAAGUAUUUAAAUAAUUAAUAACAUGCAAUUAGUAUUUUAUUUUUUUAAUCUUAUUUUAUUGCACUUAGUAUAUAUCAUUUUUGAUAAAAUAUUUGUUAAAACAGGAAUAGUAGUACAUUCAUUUCUAUGAAGCACUGAUUUAAAGUUAAUUAUUGUAGUUUUGAACUAUAAUCCUGUUAAAUGUAGUGUGUAUAUAUAUAUAUAUAUAUAUAUAUAUAUAUAUAUAUAUAUAUAUAUCCUGUGUGUAUGCAUACUUCUUGCGUUAUUUUGUAAAUACACAAUUUAAUACACUUUAAUUCUGAUCCAGAAAUUGUAAAAGUAUGGAUGCCGAUGUGCUAUGUGUGGAAUAGCGUCAGUCUGGACUUGCAUCAAAUUCCCUAACAAAACCUUUUUCAUACUUUUAUUAUUAGCUUGUGAAUUUAGAAUACCCACCCAGCUGUUUAUUACUAUCCCUCCAAGGUUUAUUAAUGCAUUUGGACAGUUCUUAACCAAUUCCAGUAUUUUUAGCAAGCUUCUUAAUAGUUUUUUUUCUGUGUCACAGUAAUGUCUUGUUAAUGACCGUUGGGUAAAUCUUCAGCAACGGUUGUUUAAGUAUCGAAAAGCUAUUCGCUGCAUCAUUUACAGGUUGCCAGCUGAGACAUAUUAAUCAUCGCCAUAAUUAUCCAAUCUAAGGCUCUAAAGUAUUUGCUUAUUUUUUUUUUUUCUGUUGUUGUUGUUGUCUGGUCAGUGUACAUUUUGUCUUAACCGUGACUAUCUAUAAAUGAGAUAGCUCAUAAAAGCUGUGCACUAUUAGUUAAUAAAAUGUUUUAUACCAUCUAAAUCAGUUUUUGAAUUAUUGCGUAAAGCCGCACUAUUGUUAAAAGUGCUACACAACAGUAUAAUAGUGAUGUUCAAAGAGGCUGGCCAAAAAUGGAGGACAAUAGACUUAUGUUUGUAAUGUGCAAAGUUUGUAAUUUAAUUGUCAAUUAUUGUUUAGGGGUAUCUAAUUUUGCAACAUUUUUGCAUUUUUAAAAAAAACAUUUUUCUUUUCUUUCAAAUUUUUCAUAUGGACUUGAAUUAUUAUCCGCAGUUUAUUUUUUAUAAAAACUGUUUUUCUCAUUUUAGUGAAGGUUGCCAAUAAUUCUGCGGUUAAGUGUAUAUACAGUAUGUGUUGUACAGCAGAAAGGGUCUAUUGUCUUAUUUUUGUGUGUGUCCAUGUUACAUACAUAAGCUGCAGACUAUGAACUCUGUCAGCAUCUGGAAACAGCAUCUGUUACACAGUUUAGGCUGGAAAACACACAGAUGAUGUCUGCAAUAAAUGUUCCCUCCCAUCAGUGAUGUCA